CCGACUGCUGUGGAACUCAGUGAGAGUAGAAAAGUGCUCCACCCUACCUAGGUCUCUAUUAGCUCUGUGGUUUAUGAUCCUUACUGGUUUCUCUGCUAUUUGCACAGAGGCGUGUGUGCUUAAGGAAUAAGAGAGAGCUCCGUCUAAGAAGCUUCCUGCAAACCGAAAGGUUCCUGUAGUCUUUCUUCUUAAUAUCUUCUAUCAAGCAGCAAAGAUGGAGCGGAUGGAGGACGACAAGCCGAAGAAGAAGUUGACCGCUUACCUUAUCUACUGCGUUUCAACAGCAGUCAUCGGCUCGCUGCAGUUUGGCUACAACACUGGGGUCAUCAAUGCACCCGAGCAGAAACUGCGCAGGUUUUUCCAGAAUGUGUCGAUUGACCGGUACGGGGAGCCUUUCAGCCCCGGAGCCAACACCAUGGUGUGGAGCUUUGCUGUGGCCAUCUUCAGUGUUGGAGGCAUGGUGGGGUCUUUCUCUGUCGGAGUCAUGGUCACCAAAUUUGGCAGGCGUAAGUCCAUGCUGAUAUCUAAUAUCCUGGCUGUACUUGGUGGGGGUCUCAUGGGACUGUCGUCUCUGAGUGGAUCUUUUGAGAUGGUCAUUAUCGGUCGCUUGAUCAUCGGCGUGUUCUGCGGUCUGUGCACGGGACUGACACCCAUGUACGUGGGCGAGAUCUCUCCAACUGCUCUCCGAGGAGCCUUCGGCACGCUGCACCAGCUGGGUGUAGUUAUUGGAAUCCUGGUGGCACAGAUCUUCGGUCUCGAGUUUCUUCUUGGCUCAGACACUCUGUGGCCUCUGCUGCUGGCUCUCACCAUCCUGCCGGCCAUCCUGCAGUGCAUCAUGCUGCCUUUCUGCCCUGAAAGCCCCCGCUACCUGCUCAUUGUCCUCAACCAGGAGGAGGAAGCAAGAAAAGCGCUGGUGCGUCUGCGCGGCUGUGAGGACGUGAGCGAUGAUAUUGAAGAGAUGAAGGAAGAAGGGAGGAAGAUGGCCUUGGAGAAGAAAGUGUCCAUCCUCGAACUCUUCCGCUCCCCAAACUACCGUCAACCAAUCAUCAUCGCUAUAAUCCUCCAGCUCUCUCAGCAGCUGUCUGGCAUCAACGCUGUCUUUUACUACUCUACAGGUAUAUUUGCCUCAGCUGGUGUUUCUCAACCCAUCUACGCCACCAUAGGAGCCGGAGUUGUAAACACUGUGUUUACUAUUGUCUCUCUCUUCCUGGUUGAACGGGCGGGGCGAAGGACGUUGCAUCUGAUUGGUCUGGCUGGAAUGGCGAUCUUUGCCAUCGUUAUGACGAUCUCCCUGUCUUUGGUGAAGGCAAACCAGUCUCUAAGCUACCUGGCCAUAGUGGCUGUGUUUGGCUUUGUUGCCAGUUUUGAGAUGGGUCCGGGUCCGAUCCCCUGGUUCAUCGUGGCUGAACUCUUCUCCCAGGGGCCUCGACCUGCUGCCAUGGCCGUCUCUGGUCUCUCCAACUGGACAGCCAACUUCCUGGUGGGGCUGGGUUUCCCUAAACUGGAGGAACUGUGUGGUCCUUACGUCUUCAUCAUCUUCGCGGUCCUCCUCAUCCUGUUCUUCAUCUUCACCUACCUGAAAGUGCCUGAGACCAGAGGGAGGACCUUUGACGACAUUGCUCAGGGAUUCGCUUCCAGUGCAGGGAAACACUCCAUGGAGACUGAGGCGGCGGUCGCCGGCCUCACAGAAGGCAAAGACCCUGCUCCCAUGUCCCCCACAGACAAGGUUCCCAUGGUGAAUCUUCCUUAGAGAGAAGAAGGAGAACUCAGUGUAUGAUACAGACAACAGGUUCCCAACACAUUGAUAUUGUAAGGAGUUAUAUCUCAUAACACACAAAUGUUGAGAGAAACCAUGUGUUUAGAAAACGCCAACUAAAUACAGUGUUAAAGAUUCCCCAUUUACAAAUGCUAAAUUGAAUGACAGAAUUCACUCUAAUCCUGCUUUAAACAUGGGGCCAAACUUAACUGAAUUACCAGUACUUAAUAUUAGUUGACAUCCCCGCUGCCAGCUCCACACAUACUGCCAUAUAAGAGGAUCAACAUAUGUUCAGUGUUAAGUCCCAGGUCUUCAGCUACCCCCAGUGUUAAAAGGUUGUGGGAUUUAGGGGGUUUUAUGUAUUGAGGUCAAGCUUGAAAAGCCGGUUUUGGAGCCCCGUACUUUGACCCGAAAAAAGACUGACUUGCUGUCCUGUCUGCCUGCCUGCCUGAUGUGCCUUGCUGCCAGGGGGAGGGAACCACGUUAUUCCUCGUAGACAGAAUAAACAUAGAGGUGCUACAGAAAGUCCCUCUCCCCUUCAGGUGUACAAAAAAAGCUGACUACUGACUUGGAAUAUAUAUAUUUAACCAUGUAGAAGAUAAUAAAUAUGUCUCUCAUCCUGUAGCAUCCCCUUAGAGUACAGGAUGUUUGUGUGUUGUUUGAAGUCAUAAAAAAAAUAGGGCGCUUCUGUAAAUUAGUACUGUCUGCUUCAAGUAUUUUGUUUGUAUGACAACGAGGUGUAGUCUAACACUGCCAGGCCCUUAAAAAAAGUGUCCUUAUAGGCUUUCUGCUCUAAAAAACACAUCCUAACCUCCUGUGUUCUAUGAUUUCAUUGAAGAGUACAGUCAGGGUGUCGUGGUGCAGUGGUUUAUGCAUUUCAGCAGUUGGGUACAAAAACUCAGGUGGUUACUACUUUUAUACUCGGCUUCUUACUGUGGCAUAGAAAACACAUGAAUCAUAACUUCUUGAGGCUCUCUUGACAUCAGUAUGUAGCAGUAACUUCUGCACAAUAGGUCAUGAAAUUAAAUAUCUUACAUAGUGUUACAUCAAAUAAAAAGCGUUUGUCGGUGUUAAAACAGUUGUUUGAGAGAUGCACUGAAACACAUUCAAGUCUACUGAUAAUUAAAUAUAAAACCACACGUAUCUCAGUCUAAACAAUGAUAUGAUAUUAGCCACUUGGGAUAGCGUUGUUAAAUAAAAACACUAAAUUAAUUGUAUUUUAACAGGCACAAAAGAUUUCUUAAAAUAUUUUUUGGUUUCUAAAUUGCCUGAAAUCAUGUGUAUAUAUAUCAUAGAAUCUCCUGUUACUGCAUCAUGAUCAACUGUUACAGCACAGUAUACAUGCUUAUGAAUGUGUCAAUGUUUGCACAGUUGCAUCUUCCUCUUGGCACACACUCAUAAGAAAGCACUUUUCAAUGUUUGAGCUCAACAGUGUUUUAAUUUGCACUUUGGCAGUCAGACUACUUUCUAAUGAUUUUUAGUUUAUUUUGUGGAUGGCUAUCUGUAAAUAUACUUUAUGUGUUAGGAUAUGUAUGGUGUUUGGUUGUUAUUUGUGCCUUAUAAUACUGUUUCAUCUAUGUUCUAUCCACAGAUUUUCUAGCACUGUUACAAUGGUGAAUGUCACUAAGUUGCUCAAAAGUAAACAGAAGUGAGAAGUUGAGGGUUGAAUGUGCGUGCGAGUCACAUAAGAGAUAACCGUAACUGUUUUUCUAUCGUACAGUCCUAUGUUCUCGUGCUUUAAUAGUACGAGUGACACUUGCUUUGAGAAACUAAAAAGGAAAUAAAGUUGUCCAUCUUUUAAGGGAAUGUUCGACUUGCAUUAUGAGCAUAAACAGUCUGUAAUGCUACGAGUCAAAGCAAUGAAUGUUUAAUGUAAUGCAGUCUCUGUGCUUAAGUAAAAGUAAAAGAGGUUUGUCUGAUAUUCUGUCUGGGCUCCACAUCUGCAUUGUGGCAACUCCAUGUCCUUUUUCUGCACCGCAGCAAAACCUCAGUCAGCUGUGCGGUUAUACACUGUAGAGCUAACCAUCCCUCUGAAACACUGAAAUAAAGCCAUGAGUU